AUGGCGGAAGUCAAAAAUGUUCUCAAAAUAAGUCACUAGAUAGCAACUCACGAGUGUAAGGCAUUUGAAAGCAUAAACUCCAAGAUAACGAAUGUGACAACAUUCAAGAAGAUAGUUUGUGUUUAGUUAAAUCCAAUUGUGAGAUAGUUUAACAUUGUAUUCAUUGAAAAGCAUUUAUAUUUAUUUAACAAAACGGGACAACAUCAGUUGAUCAAUUAUCUGCACUGUAUGGCCAUUUUGUGAAAUUUAUUCGGUUAUAAAACUGUGACAAAAUGAUGGAGGAGGAAGGCUCACAAGACCCACUCGGAGCCAGAGACCAUGUGGUUUAUGUUGACAAUAUGACACGGUGGAAUUUUACGGUGUUGCCUCUUGCGUCUGAUGAGGACAGUCAAAACCAUUCUGAGAGUGAAGAAAAAGUGUCACCAUUCCCAUGGAGAAAUGACUUGAACAACAAAAUAAUUUUAUGGAGUGGUGACAUAACUGAAUUGAGUGUUCAUGCCAUCGUACAUUCAACAAAUGAACGAAUGACAGAAAGAUCUAGCGUUACAGAGACACUCUACACAAAGGCAGGUCCCAAAUUGGAGGCAGAAAUUAAAAACAACAUAAAAGUGUGCAAGACUGGUGAUGCCAAAAUCAGUGAGGGUUUUGACCUGUUGAGCCGCUAUGUGAUCCACACGGUCGGGCCGAGGUACAACGUGAAAUAUGUGACUGCAGCAGAAGGGGCUCUGUUCUGCAGCUACAGAAAUGUUCUGCAACUAGUCAGAGAGAAUUCUAUCCGCACCUUGGGUUUAUGUUGUGUACAUUCUGGUAAAAGAGGGUAUCCGCCAAAAGAAGGCGCUCAUAUUGCAAUACGGACAGUGCGGCGGUUUUUGGAGAAAUAUGGAAGUGAUGUUGAUGCCAUAAUAUUUGUCUGUGAUGAUGGAACUUAUAAUGUAUAUGAGGAAGUGUUACCACUGUAUUUCCCACGCAAUCCACAAGAGGAGCGUGAGAGCUUGGCACAUUUACCUGAGGAUAUAGGGGAUGAUAUGGGGGAGCCAGUGAUCCCUGAACGUCAGAUCCGCAUCAUGGAUAAACCCAUAUACCCAAAGUCUGAUGAUCGAGACUUUGAUGACAAGACUGUUGACCUGAACGCAGAGUUCGGUAAGUCAAUAAAUGGCACCGUUGGGCAGCACCCUUUCGCAAGCAUGCAAGCCGACCCAGACACACAGAAACGCCUCAAUCCCAGGUCCGAUGUUGAUAUGAAAAAGGUGGAAGCGAGGAAGAGGUAUGAGCGGCUACUAAAGCGAGCAAGGACAGAAGACCUUACAGACAUUGCUUCCCUGCGUUGUCUGUACAGGACAGGACAGGACCGGUUUGGCAGGCCCGUCAUUGUUUUUGUGGGGAGGAACUUCCCUGCUUCCACUGUGGACCUAGAAAAGGCUCUGCUGUAUGCCAUCCGACUGCUGGACCCAAUUGUGGAGCAGGAUUACGUGGUGGUUUACUUCCACACACACACGAGCGGACAAAACCUCCCGCCCAUGAACUUCCUCAAGAACGUCUACCAUAUCCUAGACCAUAAAUACAAGAAGAACCUUAAAUCCUUUUAUGUUGUACACCCAACAUGGUGGUCAAAGUUUGCGACCUGGUUUUUCACCACGUUUACGGCAUCUGACAUAAAACAGAAGGUCCACUCGUUAAAGGGUGUGCAGUAUCUGUACGCGAAAAUAAACCCUGACCAGCUCGACAUUCCAAGCUUUGUGCUCGACUAUGAUAUCAAGGAGAAUGGUCCCAGGUAUUGUGUUCUGUUCGAGGAAGGGACUGUGGAGGAAUUGUGAUGAACGGUGCCUCUAAAUUGUGUGAAAAUUCCGACUUUAUGUGAAUAAGUGGCAUGCUAUUCCAGAGAUAUUUUCACCAUCAGUGAAAUGUUUAUUUCUGGUGUUGACAAUUUAUAUGUGAUUUUACAAUAAAACAUGUUGUUUUAUUCACAUAUUUUACUUAAUAUACAUGAACAUAUAAUUGAAUGUAUGUUUGAUUAUAAAGCAUAAUAAUGCUAGAUGAUAAAUGGCGUUAAAUUAUCAAAAAAAAUGUGAGGUUUAAUAUUUUUGCAUACUUUUGUACUUUGUAAUUUUCAUUUAAUCAAUUAUAUCAUAAUUAUUAUGAUUACAUUGAUGGAUGUUUGUGAAACUGUAUACAUGAGUAUUGGUGACCACCGAAUAAGCUAUGGACACUAUUUGGGUACAGGAGAAAUCGUACCAACAAGACGUUAUACCACCACAAAGUUGUGCAAUAUUUGAAACAACAAUAUAUUGUUGUACCUAGUGUUUAGAUGUUAAGUGUGAGCUACAAUAUGUUGAGAUUAAAGGGAUUUUGUCACAUUUCCGGACGAUAUAACGUCAUCUAUUGCCGUUUCUAUUGUUGAGAAGCCAUUGUGAGCUACAAUAUGUUAACAUCAAAGGGAAUUUGUUAUGUUUCCGGACGAUAUAACGUCAUCUAUUAUUGUAUCUAUUGUUUGGAUGCCAUUGUGAGCUACAAUAUGUUAAUACCAAAGGGAAUGUGAUAUAUUUCCGGAAUUUAAAAGGUCAUCUAUUGUAUCUAUUGUCGAGAUGUCAAGGUCAGAAUAUGUUGAGAUUUUAGGAGUUUGGUUUUUACAUCAUAUCAGAAUAUUUCCUCCAUAUCUCCGGUAUUCUUUUACUUUAAGUAAGUUGUGUAUGGGCGACUUUUCAAAACAUAGAACGAUUUUAUGUAGGUUUGACUUCGCUUGUAAUACAUUUAGAAACGCUAUUCUAUCAGUGCUAGGAUGCAGUGACAUGACCAAGACUUUUUGACUGGUUAGGAAAGUCAAUAGUUUCUUCCAUUAUGACAGAGAGAUGAAUUAACAGUAAACAAUAACAAAGCUAUAAAUCUGCUAUAAAUCUUAAAGUAAUUUAUACCAAUUUCAUUUGGUUUGAUUUUGACAAAAGCUGAUAGCUUAUAGAACCAGAAUCGGGUCACUUUCAGUCAAUUUCCUAGGUAGAAGUCAUGAAGAACUGAUGUUUAAUUUCGUUGGUGUAAAUGUCUUCAGUAUUAUAACUUACCGUUUUGCGUUAUUUACAUGAGAUAUCAUUUAAAUCAAAUAUAUACCAAUACUUGACCAGCUUAGUAUUUGAGAUUAUAUUUUGCCUACUGAUCCAGCCUCUAUUUACAAUACACCUGAUUAAAAUCAAUAAGGGCUGACUGCUGAUUUAACAAAAUAAGUGUACGGCGGAUAAAAUAUUCUGGAUAGAGUAUAAUUUUGAACACUAUUUACUAGUAAAAAAUUAACAAUGUAGAAACUUUACAGAAUUUUAUAGUCAUAACAAAUGUAUUAAUUUGGUUUGAUUCACAUACAUUUCUUUGCGAAGAUAAUAUUUGUUUUUAUACCAAUGUUUAUAUGAACUAUGUAUGAUUUGUGUUUGUAAUAUGCGUGCAAUAUGUUUGUUAUUUUCAUGUACAUAAAUUUACAUUAACAUUA